GCUUCUAGUACUUCUUACCCUUUUGUUUAGCCAUCCUAAUUAUGAUUCAUUAUUUGUUGUUUAUGUCAAACUUUGUGAUUCUGAUUUCAUUUGUAGAAUGACGAAGAAGAGGAAUCAACAGGUGAUGAAUGAUGGAGAAGAGCUACAACCUGCAGAGCCUAACUUCAUGUGGACCAAAGCCUUGAACUCUUUACUCAUACAAUGUAUGGUGGAACUGACGCAAAGGCAUCAGGUGCAGAAUGGUUCUUUUAAGAAUGAUUCAUUUAUUGAGCUGGAGAGGAUGAUUGAAGAGAGGGCUCCAGGAUGCGGAGUGAAGGUUGAACCAGCCAUUCACUGCAGACACAAGAAGCUGAAGAAGGACUUUCAUGCAGUACACUUACUGAGUAAUCAAAGCGGUUGUGGGUGUAACGUUGCAACAAGUACCCCAACACUAGAUGAUGAUGUGUUUGCAAAUUUUGUUAAGGUGCAUCCGAAUUGUAAGAAUCUUAACAAAAAGUCGUUACCUCAUUAUGAUGAUCUGCUAAAGGUUUUUGGAAAAUUUGGUCCUGCAAAUGGAAGAAAGACACAAGCCGACGAGUUGUGUGGGUUAAAGCCUGUGACUUCCAAGGCACUGGAUGCUCUAGGCACAAUUUUAGUAGAACGUGAGGAAGAUGUCGGCAAAGAGGCUGCAUUGAUGUUAGAAAUUGGGAAAAUUGCAGGUCUGGAACGCGGCCAAGUCCUUGAUGCUGCUAUGGUCGUGGUGGAGAAUGACAGGAAGACAAGACUCUUCUUCGCUCUCGACAAUGAGGAGGAUCGAAGGUACUUCAUCCAGAACCUGCUUCGUUGAUCUUGAAGAUUGUACCAAGGAUAACAGUAGGGUGUGUGUAUGUAAUGUCGUCAUUUUGUCUAUAACACAUGUAGUAUGGCUAGGAAACUUGCAUAUUUUGUGCAAAGCUAACAUAGUAGUUAGCAUGCAAAGUUGUAAGUAGGAAGAUUCAGUAUGUUGUUUUUGAAAGUUUCCCAGCCAUUCUGGCGUGUGUCCAAUAGUAAUGUCGGUAUCAGGCAAUGUUCAGUGUCUUAAACUCUGCUAUAAAGCCAGUAAUCUUAA